UUGGAGUGAGACAUCCCACCGAGUCAAACCCAUCUGUGCUGUUUAGCUUCAACAAGGAGCCAAACUCUCGGUUAUUGGAAUUUUAAGAGACAGAGAAAGUCCUAUUUAAAAGAAAUGGAAGACGACGUCUUAACGACGCUGAAGAUUUUGAUAAUUGGAGAGAGUGGCGUUGGGAAGUCAAGCCUCCUCCUAAGAUUCACAGAUGACAUGUUUGACCCGGAGCAAUCAGCCACCAUUGGUGUCGAUUUCAAGGUGAAGACCUUAUCUGUGGAUGGUAACAAGGCAAAGCUGGCAAUCUGGGACACUGCUGGCCAGGAGCGCUUUCGAACCCUGACACCAAGUUAUUACCGUGGAGCCCAGGGAGUCAUCCUGGUGUAUGAUGUCACCAGAAGAGAUACCUUCACAAAGCUUGACAACUGGCUGAACGAGCUGGAGACCUACUGUACCAGGAACGACCUGGUUAAAAUGCUGGUAGGAAACAAAAUCGAUAAGGACAACCACGACGUAGACAGAGCUGAAGGACUGAAGUUUGCAAGAAAACAUUCCAUGCUUUUCAUUGAGGCCAGUGCAAAGACGAAGGACGGUGUUCAGUGUGCGUUUGAGGAGCUGGUAGAGAAGAUCAUCCAGACACCUGGUUUGUGGCAGAGCGAGAGCCAUGGCAGAGCCAUUCAGCUCACAGAUGAAGAUGCCGGCGGCGGAUCCUGCGGUGGCUACUGUUCCCUGCUUUAAAAACACACACAUAUGACGCCCCCACCACGCUAACACCCAGCCAGCCACCGCCUCUCCCACUGUGUCUGGUCCUAAGCGGAGCUGUCUACCCAGACCGACUUUUAAACAGUCCACCAUCCCUAAUCUGACUCUAAUUUUGCACAAUUAACAUAAACGUUUCUGCCGUUAAA